AUGAAUUCCAUCGAUGAUGUCCGAUGUGGUAUUGAGAGGCUAGAUUCGUUCUCGAAGGCUUUGGCUGAAGCACAGCACAAUCUUGGUGGAACGGAUCGCUCUGACUAUUCUGCAGCACAGAGGGAAUUAUUGAAUAACUUGUACGAAGGAUAUGAAAGUGCAUACGUUUUGUUGGGCUGGUGGGACGUUGGCUUCACAGACUGGCGUAUUUUGCCCGUGAGUCUCGCACGCGGCUAUUUAUAUUCGCUUGAUCGGGAGCUUCAAGAGCUCAUGCCGCCUGACGAUCCGAGGUACCAAUACGUCACCUACGAGUUCCACGUUCUGAGGUUUAUCGCCCGCGAAUGCGAGAAUACUAUCCUGCGCAGCUUUCUUCGCUGGGCCAUCAUUGGAGCUCACAAGCCCUCGAGUGCCGUCCAUUCUCUCUUACAGAUGCAUUCUUCUGCUGAUGCAGUGGAGUAUACGGUGCCCAAGCCCGAGCCCGAGCGUGAGAUGAAGGUGGUUCUUGUCCGUGUGACAGACGUACUCAAGUUGCUGGAUCAUUGGGGCCAGCGUGCCGUUUCCGGUCCCGGUGAGGAGGAAAUGGUGGAAGUAUGCAAGUCCAACAAGUCCAACUUUUGCAAGCCAAACUUUCACAAGUCUAUGACUAAGGGGCUUUUUGUUCUGGCGUGGAAGGUCCCGGGAGAUUUUGAGGAUAUGUAG